AUGAGAUUGAAUCACCUUUGCGAAAAGCUAAGAGUGAAGCUAGUGGGAAGAAAAGGAUUGGAGUUGAAUACUGAUUCUCUCAUUGCUGCUAUUAAAGAUGAGAGAGGCAAUCGUAAACCUAUUUCAACUUCUAUGUCCCUUAAACCAGGUUUAGGGGUGUCAAAACUAAAAGCAGGCAUUAUGAAGCAAAAUAUAUUCAGAAAGGCAAAGGUGGUGAAGAAAAGCAAUAGAUCCAUACCUCGUGCAAACCUGAAUGUAGGGAGUGCCUCUAAAGUAUCAGAAGAGAAUCGGAUAAUAGAUCAAGUGCUUCCUAAUGUGGUUGUUUCAGGGAAUGACUUGUCAAAAUCAAAUCCAUAA